GAUCGUAUCACAGUUGCAACACCCGCAUCCUUAGUACCAUAAAAGUAUGCUGGGUACCUACACAAGAUCGGACUCAAAGCUCCGUCGUUCCGGCUAGGCGAGGCGCUUGCACAAACCCUGCUCCACCAAAUGGCUAUACUUAUUCAUCGUCGUUGCGAUAUCAUUAUAUUGUUGCUCGUGGAUCGCCAACAUACUUUCACUUUCAACAUCGGAAUCCCCCAAUUUGGACUGAGUUCGAAGUUGGAGUCAGUUGUUACCUGACCACGAGCCCUGGCAGCCGGGUCCUAGUAAACAAUAACAAUUCAACGAAAAUGAGGACGUCGACCAUCAUACUCCUACUGUUCUGUGCGGUAGUUGCCGUAACAGCCGAGGAGGGUGAGACGAGGGACCUACCUGAUGACAUAGAAGACAGCGAAGAUCUCGAAAGAAAACACCGCAAGCGAAAGAAACAUGGUCAGCAAGGAAAUCCUUGCGGGGGUUAUGGCUUCGGGAAAACCUUUGGCUCCCAUGAUUAUACAUAUGUGUCGGCUCCCGUCAUGAACUAUUUCUUCGGAUGUGGAGCAUUGCCGGUAGUGCCUCAGUAUGCUCCGGUGCAACAAGUCGCGUACCCUGUGCAAGGGGGAUAUGGGCACGGUCACGGAGGUCACGGAGGUCACGGUCACGGUGGUCAUGGAGGCCAUGGGGGCCAUGGAGGCCAUGGAGGUCACGGUGGCCACGGAGGAGGUGGCUUCGGAGGCUAUGGUAAUCCCGGAGGCUUCUACGGAGGUCAAGACUUCUACCCUCAACAGGGUUUCCAGCCUGGCUACCAGCCCGGAUACAAUCAAGGGUUCCCCGGUCAGUACAACCGACCUUUCCAGAACGUUGUGUCGUCGGCAGCAUCAGGCUUGGGGUCAGCGCUCGUCAAUUACAUCUCAAGACCGAGAAAAGUUCAGAAACAGAUAAAUCAAUUGUUAAGGCCUCUUUACAAACUGUUUUGAAUAGUGCAAGUGUGCUGUUUAUUUUGAUUGGACAGUAGUUUAAACAGUGGGAUUCUCAUGUUCGCAGUUAUUUUACAUUACAAGCCCGUGAAAGUGGAAAGUGAAUAAUAUAAGUUUUGCAGUUUCAGUGCUCAAGCUCUCAUAACAAAGCGUAAAAAUAGCUUAUUUAACUCGUUGAUUUCAAAACAAAUGGCAAGUUUUUUUAUAAUAAAAUAAGGCCUAUGACACAAGCGACUGGUUACCAGGCCAAGGAUGAAGCCCACGCUCACAAGAUUGUCAGACGUCACGCAUGGGAGGAGACCCUUAAAUGUAAAUAUUAAGUAAAAUUAAUUUGAUUACUACAUCAGGCGUGUGAAGCUGCGAUACCUAAUAAGAAAAGGUGAUGAGUAAAAUGUCUUAAAUGGUGAGGAAUUUUGCGAAUAUUAGUGCUACAUAAUUACUUCAUUAAUGAGUAUUACUUAUAUAUGAAUUUCACAGUAUAAAACUUGUACGAGUAGGUAUGUUAUUAUGUCUUAGGUAUAAUUGUGUGUCUUAUGUUGUGACUUUCGUGCUACUGAAAAAAAACACCAUAUUCAUGCAGUCUUAGCUUUGAUAGUAAUUAAUAGGCGUGAGAAAUUAAGCUGUUUCUAUAUAACUUUAAAAAAAAAACCAUUAUGUAAUUGAAAUUACAUACUAAGAACCUUUUUUUCUGUUAAACUAGCAAAACCCAAGUUUUAUAUGGCCAUCACUGCGUUUGUAGAAUAGUGUUUAUUUUAGUUUCAUCGCUUCUCUCAAUAAUUGUCAUAUUACAGACAUAUUACG